GAAAGGCAGGUGCAUGCAAUGUACCUGAGCAACCAGAAGAAUGGAGCCAGGAUCCACCCCUUUCCAGACUUCAUUUAAGGGUUGGCAGUAGAGGUGAGGCACUUCUUGCUAGAGUUCCUUGCCUACCUGAGGCUUUCCAAAGGUGAGCAGCUCUUUUCCUUCAUUUCUGCAUUUGCAGCUGCUGCACGUGGGUCUGUUGUCAUUUGCUGCAGCCAAAGACUUUGCCACCCUGCUAUAAUCGCAGCACUUUCUAUCCCAUUAUAGCUUUACACCUUAAAACAGAAUGCAGUUUUUUAGCUUUAAGGGUUUCUUGUUUUCAAUCACUUAGUAGUAUUAUUUAAAAAAAAAAAAAAAAAAGUUAUUUAUUUAGGAAACAAAUUAUUGCUGUAAAGGCAUAUGAGAAGUUAAUAUCUAUGAAGUGCUGCUUCUUUGCUCCAGUGUUGCUUAAAUUAACUGAGAGUGUGCAUUCUGUUGUGAUGCAGUAUUUAUUCACGUAUGGAACUAACCACUGCUGCUUAUGUCUAAAUGCCCCUUUUUGAAUCCUCAGCUGCCCAAACAACUCAACAGGCAGAAUUAAGGAGCUCACGGAAUAAGUUAAUGCAGACACAAAUUGCAGUAUGAGAGGUCUUAGGCCUUCUUUUCCAUAAAGAAGGCAUAAAACAGAUGGAUGUACUCUAAGAAGUAGGAUAUCCCUUAAAAAAGCACACAAGGUAUACACUUGUAUAGCCUUGGCUAAUAACCUAAACUAAAGCCAUUUAAAGAAUCUUGUUUCUUAGUGGCAUUAAAAAAGAAGAGUUGUUAUGGUUAAAAUGAAUUUCCAGAUAAUCAGUAGCUUUACAGAAGUUACAGGGAAGAUGAAUGUUUCAUUCUGUUUAAAUCAAGUCAUCCUGCUGUCAGUAGAAAUCUCAGAGGUUCAGCCUUGUGGAAGGAUUUAAAGGCAACACUUCAGCAAUAAUCGGAUUAGAAGGACUUGCAUAGCUACGUGGUGUAAAAACCAGAUAAAAGAAACCAGAGUUCAGAUUUGCCACAAAGAAAGGCAGUGAGCUGUAAGGUGCAGAACCUGAGGCUGAUUUUGACAAUUACCUGGAGUAGGGAUGCCUGCAGAUUUCAAUGGUUACUGGAAAAUGAUCAGCAAUGACAAUUUUGAGGAGUAUCUCAAAGCACUGGGUAAGGUUCCCUUCAUGUUUCUUAUAAGUGAUCAAUAAAUGCAGACUAUCCUAAUCUUCUCAUGAAUCUAUUCUACUUGUAUGGUCAUAAAGCAUUUUUGUGAGAAACAGUUUCUUCAGGAACUAAAAACUGCUCUGUGCAAAAUUGUCUUAAGCAGUCCACUUCUUGAUAUCACGGAGUUUCCAAGUGUAGUGACUAAACUACAUAGCUGAAAGAGGUAAGUUGCAGACUUUAAAUUUAAAACCCAAAUAUAAUUUGAGAGAGUGAAACUUUUGCGUGCUACAGAGAUGGUAAUGUACUUGAGGCGGUUUUGUGUGUUUGCGUGUGAUGAAGUACAUAAAAAGCUACUACUCCUGCAGAAAUUCUAGUACCCUUAUUAACUGUCAAAUACAAGUAGCAAAACAAGGCAUAAAUGUAGGCAACAGAACUGGGCUGUAGACUUUUUUUUUUAACAAGCUGGCCUGAAAUAUCUGGGCACUUACCUUCACCUAAUCUCUCCCAAGAGCUACAAGCCUCUUUUUCUGGUAGAUGUUUCUGUAUUAAAGUAACUCUCUUUUUCUUUUUCAGAUGUAAAUGUUGCUGUAAGAAAAAUAGCAAACUUGCUAAAACCUGACAAAGAAAUCUUUCAGAAUGGAGAUCAUAUGAUUAUUAAAACGCUAAGCACUUUUAGAAACUACAUCAUGGAAUUUGAUGUAGGAAAGGAGUUUGAAGAGGAUUUAGCUGGGGUGGAUGAUCGCAAAUGCAUGACACUAGUGACCUGGGAUGGUGACAAACUGGUAUGUGUUCAGAAAGGUGAAAAGAAAAAUCGUGGCUGGAAGCACUGGAUUGAAGGAGACCUACUGCAUCUGGAACUGACGUGUGAAGACCAGGUGUGCCAUCAGAUAUUUAAGAAGAAAAAGUAA